AUGUCAGAUGAGCGGCGUUUGGGCUGGCCAGUUGCUUUCCUGCUUGUCGCUGUAGCUGCAGCUGUCGAUGACUGUGUGGUGAACAAGUCAAGUUUGGCCAUCCCGGCUGGCGCCUGGGCAGUCCAAGUGCGGGAAGACCUGGCAUUUGUCACAGGUUACCUGUCAAAUUCGCUUGUGAUUGUUAAUGUCUCUGAUCCUUCGAAUUUAGUGGUGACCGGGUCUGUCCAAAGUGACGAGAACCUUCCGGGUCCGACUGGCCUGGCACUCAGCGGCGACCUUGCUUUCGUGGCGCUCGAGCUCGCCACCUUGGCCAUCGUGAAUAUUUCAGAUCCAAAGGAUCCUGAAGUCGUGGGUACACUGGACGAAUCCGCGGAGUACCCUUACUCGUACAGCGUGGCCGCUGAUGGUGAGCUUGCCUAUACUCUUUCCUACGAUGCAGCCACGUUGCUGGUGAUAGAUGUUUCCACGCCGAGAGAGCCGUGCGUCAUUGGCAAAGUAUCCGGCAACAGUCUGAAGGGUGCUGGGGACUUGGUGGUCAUUGACGAUAUUGCAUGGGUUGUGAGUGCCGACUUGCCUGGUCUUACGGCAGUGAACGUAAGUUUGCCGACAGAGCCGUUCAUCAUCAGCACUGUCCAAGAUAUGACUUAUUUAGAUGGGGCGUAUGGCAUCUCCGUUCAAGGCAACUUUGCCUACGUCGCUGGCUACUACUCCCAUUCCUUCGCUAUUCUCAACAUAUCUGAGCCCGGGGCACCUGUGUUUCUAGGUGCCGUUGUCGACAAGCAGCAUCUGUAUGGCGCCUACUCAGUUACAGUUGACGGGGAUCGGGCAUAUGUUCCUUGCUUAGAUGGCAAGUCCAUCGCAAUCAUCAACAUUUCAGAUCCCAACCGACCGGAACUGGAAUGCGUGAUACCUGAAGUGAUGGGUGGUCGGUAUGUGGCCAAGGCCAGAGGGCAUGCUCUUCUCCCGAGCUAUGACUCUAAUUCGCUGCUGGCUUUUGCACAUUUUGAACACUCCGGAAUGGAGUGGACUUCCGACAUUCUCCCGUAA